UCUCUGCCGGCCAUGUGUGUGACACACACUGUGUGUAUGUGAAUCGCAAAACUGCGACUUACUGACUGAUUUUCGUCAUUGUUUUGUUAAUUGAUAACACCAAAUAUUUUAGGCCUAGUCACUAAUAUAAUAAAUAAUUAAAGCGAGAUGCCGACGCAGAAUUUGACCUCGACUUCAAUCUCAUUGGCGCAACGGUUAUUCAAAGUUGCCAUCGUGGGUGUGCCAAACGCUGGGAAAAGUACCCUUAUCAACAGUCUUCUCUCAACGGUGGUUUGUCCCGUCUCGAAACGAGUCCACACGACGAGGACUAACCAAUUUUCCGCUUAUCUUCAAGACAAUGCUCAAAUUGUGCUGGUGGAUACGCCCGGAAUCGUGAAUGUCAAAGAGAUCAAAAAAUUUGCUUUCUCCAAGGAUUUUGUAUUCGGUCCGGACAGAUCUAUCGCUGCGGCAGAUCUUGUCGCAGUGAUUCACGAUGUAUCAAAUAAUAUUUCGAGGAAUAAACUAGACCCACGAAUUAAAGCAUUGUUGGGACGGUUUCCUGAUAAGAAUUCCAUUCUGAUUUUAAACAAGGUUGACGCAGUAAAGAAUAAAAACACGCUACUCGAUACCGUUCGAAUCCUGACAUGCGGAAUUGUUGACGGCAAACCCAUCCAAAUGAAAAGGUCUCAUUUUAGUCGAGUCAAGGAGGAAAAGAUGCGGAUGACGAUGGAGAAUUUAUUAAAAAGGGCGAAAGCACGAGUGGACGAACUACCACAGGAUCAGAUGGAAUUUGAUGAUAAAAUCAAGAAAAUGAUGACUGUGUCCUUUUCACAAGAAGAAAUUCAGGAGGGCCUGAAUCUCAUAGGAUGGCCAAAGUUUCAUGAUGUGUUUAUGAUAUCAGCGUUAACAAAUGAAGGCGUAGAUGCAUUACGGGAAUAUUUUGUCCUAAACUCCAAACCUGCAUCGUGGCUGUAUGCCGAAGAUUUUUUGACUGACGUAAAACCACAAGAGUUGACAAUCCGUGUCGUCCGAGCCCUCUUGUUGGACCACCUCCCACAAGAAAUGCCCUAUAAACUUGAUCCCAAAGUGGAAUAUUGGGACCGUAAUGACACUGGUGAACUAAAAAUCAUUGUGCAGCUUUUAUGUCCCAACGAGCGUUAUGUUGGUCGCGUCGUGGGAACGGGGGGCUCAAUUAUUAGAAAUCUAACCCUAGCUACACAAACCAUUUUAUCAGAUUUACUCCGCGUCCCUGUCGACCUUCUCAUUAAACCUUAUACAAAGCAGAGCAGCAAGGACAAGGACAAACCGUCAUCGUGAUUAAGUCCAGAAUUUUGUACUAAUUAGUCGUUUAUAAUUUUGUGUGAGUCUACAGUAGUAGAACUUAUAUAUGCUGUUUAAUAAAUGUUUACUGAAUUUUUAUAUGUAGAUUGAUACGCUCAGAACAUUUAUAACCAUCAUUAUCUAUUUUAAAAAUUGAAAGUUAUAAAUAUAUAGUUUAAGUUGACUCGAAUGUUGUAUACUUGCUGCAUAAAGUUUGCACUGUUUUAUUCUUUCUAUUCUAUGGUUUUACCUGGAUAAAUUUGAUAGAUUUAUUGAAGGGGCCUAAAAUGGGAAAACAGUUUGAAAACUGAACCUGCUCUCAGAAAAUUCAUGAUAUUUCGUAAUUUUAACGUAUUACGACGUACACGUAAACUUACGACGAUUGACGUUGGAGAAUUGCAAAAUAAAGAAUUCAUGAUUGUCUGUCAUUCAUAAAUCGAACUCUGCGUGAACCUUUGUUAUGGAAUUGGAUAAUAAAUUGCAAUUUAUAUUAAUA